AUGGAGGCAGUUUCCGCAGCCGCCAGCGUCGCCGGCUUGUUAUCCGUCGCUGGUCAUGUUCUCAGCGGACUGGUCAAGCUCAACGCCUUUAUCCAGGACGUGAAGGAAGCGGAUGCUCGCGCUCAACGGCUGACGACAGAAGCCGGCCUUCUCUCCAAGACGCUCAUUGAUUUCCAGUCUCUACUCAACACGCUGGAUGAAAAGGCGCUGGACGAAAAUCGACCUUUCUGGGUGCAACACUUUGCCCUCUUUUGUUCCCGUCUCGAAGAUUGUGCUCAGGACCUGGAUGCCUGGACCAAAUCUCACCGACCCGGAGAUGUACAGUCCUCGAAGCGCCGCAAGAUCAUCGACGGUAUACAAAACAAGCGCAGCCAAGAGCUUUCCGAAAUGGAGUCUAAGCUGGCGCGUCAUCGGUCGCAGAUUGUUCUUGACAUGAACACCAUAAAUGGGUGA